CUCCGCCAUAGCAGACAGAUCCCGGCUCCAAGAAGUUGUUAACUCCAAAGAACUCACAAGCACGUUGAUACGGCUACCCAAACCAUACUCUCCAGGGAGUAAUCCUCGUUUAAAAUAAGUUUAGCUGGGUGAAAAAGGCGGAGCUAACACUUUGAAGAGGUCUGCGGGUGUUCUGGUUGAUCUCUGAAACCCUAUAACCCUUCUGCGUGUGUUUCCCUGUCAUGUCUGACAACGGAGAGCUGGAGGACAAACCCCCUGCCCCCCCGGUCAGAAUGAGCAGCACCUUUAACACUGGCAACAAGGACAACAUGUCAACAGGCCCCAGCUCUAAACCCCUGCCCUCCCUCCCUGAGGAAAAGAAGGACAAACACCGCAACAGGAUCAUAUCCAUGCUUGCAGGAGACAAAGGAAGAAAAAAAGACAAGGAUAAAGAUCGUCCAGAGAUUUCUAGCCCUUCAGAUUUUGAGCACACCAUACACGUGGGCUUCGAUUCUGUCACAGGGGAGUUCACUGGCAUGCCAGAGCAGUGGGCUUGGCUGCUGCAGACCUCCAAUAUCACAAAAUCAGAGCAGAAGAAAAACCCUCAGGCUGUACUUGAUGUGCUCAAAUUCUACGACUCCACAGGCAACGGCAGACAGAAAUACCUCAGCUUUACAGAUAAAGAUGUACCACCAGCAAAAAAAGGUUCAGAGCAAUCACCAGUCAAAGACCCUGAUGAUGAUGACGAUGAUGAAGCCCCUCCCCCUAUUGUCGCACCACGCCCACAUCAUACCAUUUCUGUAUAUACACGCUCUGUCAUCGAUCCCAUUCCAGCACCUGCAGCCAUCGCAGACACCGAAGCCUCCAAAGCCGUUGAUAAACAGAAGAAGGGCAAGGGAAAGAUGACCGACGAGGAGAUCAUGGAGAAACUACGAACUAUUGUCAGUAUUGGAGACCCAAAGAAAAAGUACACACGAUACGAAAAAAUUGGACAAGGUGCAUCUGGCACAGUGUACACAGCCAUUGAUGUUGCUACUGGCCAAGAGGUUGCCAUCAAGCAGAUUAACCUUCAAAAGCAGCCCAAGAAGGAGCUGAUCAUUAAUGAGAUCUUAGUGAUGAAGGAGAUGAAGAACCCAAACAUUGUCAAUUUUGUAGACAGCUUCUUGGUAGGUGAUGAGCUCUUUGUGGUGAUGGAGUACCUUGCUGGAGGCUCUCUUACCGAUGUGGUAACCGAAACCUGUAUGGAUGAGGCACAGAUUGCUGCUGUCUGCAGAGAGUGUUUACAAGCACUGGAGUUUCUGCAUGCAAACCAGGUCAUUCAUCGAGACAUCAAAAGUGACAACGUUCUAUUAGGAAUGGAUGGAUCUGUCAAACUAACUGAUUUUGGGUUCUGUGCUCAAAUCACACCUGAGCAAAGUAAGAGGAGCACCAUGGUAGGAACGCCCUAUUGGAUGGCCCCCGAGGUGGUCACACGUAAGGCCUAUGGACCCAAAGUGGACAUAUGGUCCCUGGGUAUCAUGGCCAUUGAGAUGGUUGAGGGUGAACCCCCUUACCUCAAUGAGAAUCCACUAAGGGCACUGUACCUCAUUGCCACUAAUGGCACCCCAGAGCUGCAGAACCCUGAGAAGCUGUCACCCAUUUUUAGAGACUUCCUCAACCGCUGCCUUGAAAUGGACGUGGAGAAGAGAGGUGGAGGAAAAGAACUCUUGCAGCAUCCAUUCCUCAAGUUGGCAAAGCCCCUUUCCAGCCUCACUCCUCUUAUACUUGCUGCCAAGGAGGCAAUGAAAAGUAAUCGCUAGCAUCAGAACAAUUUGUCACUAUGUGCCAAUGCCGAAAAUUCCUUCUCACGACCAGUUCCUGUGAAGACCUCUAUCACUCCAGCAGAGUCCCCCUUCUAGCCCAGUGAAGGACCUUUUCAAUUUAGCCCUGAGGACCUUAGUCAUCUCCAUCUGGGCUACAGACUUGCACAAUCACCAUGUCAUGCCUCCUCAUGCCACUCUCUUAUAAUGUGCCUGAAGGGGCUAAAAUAACAAACUGUAGACCUCUCUGGUUUUCUGCUGAUAUCUCUCCUUUUAUUUGUUUAAUGGAAACGGUUCCAUCACCGUAUCAUUGGUCUGUGUUUACUUGAAAAUUUCAUGAAUUUCUGUCAAAAUUCACUUAAAUUGUAUUAGUUAUGAGUAUUGGUGUGUUCUUUCCAAACAAAGUACUUUGCCCUUUUUUAAACUUCAAGAUUUAAUCCCCUGCCCCCUCGUCUCAUAAUGACCUGUUAAUUGUGCCUACUACCUAUUUGCCUUCACUUGUCUUAAGAAAAUUGAACAAUUUUGCUGUAUGAAAUUAAAUGAACAAUUUCCAAAUUUUUGUUGACUUGGUUAGAACAAAACCCUAAACACCUAAAGUUGAUUUAAUAGUUUUGUAUAUUAUGUACUUCGAUUAGCAUGCCGAAAUGAAAAAACAAAAACAGGAUUUGGGACAUUUUUGACUAGCUGUCUUCUAUUUAUGUGUAUGUAUACAGUAUUUUAUAUUUUAACUAACAAUCUGACAGAAGUUACCAGAAUUUAUUAUUGUCUUAGAAAUAAUUAAUUUGCUAUGUUCUUUGCAUGUUAAAUCUAACUUGUUUUUCAAGUAAACUACAUUUUACCAAGAAA